AUGUCUAGCAGGAGAUCAUCUCACUCAAGACAAUCCUCAUCCUCUCCAAAUAUCACUGAGGAUCAAAUCAUUGAUCUCAUCUCCAAGUUACAAGCCCUUCUCCCUGAAACUCGAAUUCGAAACACUGACAGAGCAUCGGCGGAAAAGGUAUUGAAGGAGACAUGUAGAUACAUUAAGAAGCUGCAAAAUGAGGUGGAGGAUUUGAGUGAAAAGCUUGCCGAGCUUCUCACUUUGACUGAGGAGACGAAUAGUGCUCAAGCUUCGCUUAUUCGGAGUCUUCUUAUGUAA